UGCCACUUCAGCAUCUCCAUCUUACACCCAAGCCAUCCACAACCAUUGGUUUCGUCCAUUGAAGCUCCCAAUUGAACAGCUUCCAAGCAGUCCUCAUCGGAUGUAGCUAUUACUUUUCAAAUUUACACCGAAUUCCCCAUUAAAAUCUCACGCUGAUCUCCCUCGACCGUUCCAAUUCCGACCUCGCUACCUCACCCACCAUCGAGCAGCCAUCACACAAACAAAAGCAUCACUACAGCUCUUACCGCCCAUCAACAACAACUUCCUCUCCCCGUACUUCCACGACCCUCGCGCCUGGAGACGUUAAAACCCGCCCAUCAUGAGCACACAAUCUACCUCGACGCCGCAGACCAACGGCGGGCCUUCCUCCUCCGCCCCAAACCCAUCCCAACAAACCACCAACACACAACCGACCACUUCCACAUCCCAGCAAAACACCUCACAACCGCAAUCACAGCCGCAAUCGCAAUCGACCCAACAGUCACCUCAACAACAGCAACAGCAACAACAACAACAAAAUCCAAAUCCGAACCAACCCCAGUCACAACAAGGCCAACAAGGCCAACAAGGCCAACAACAACAACAACAACAACAACAACAACAACAACAACAACCAUCCGACGCCUCCACCUCCGCACCGCGCCCCCGCGACUCGAGGAUGAUCGAACUCCUCCUCACCUCCCAAGGCGUCACCUCCUACGAGACCCGCGCGCCCCUCUUCCUCCUCGACUUCGCCUACCGCCACACCUCCGGCAUCCUCAACGACGCCCUCCACCUCGGCGCCGACCCCUACACCACCCACGCCGGCACCCGGCCCUCCGCCGGCGCCGGGCCCGCCUCCAUCCCCGCCACCGGAGGCGACGCCACCGUCUCCGCCAACGCCAUCAAGAUCGCCAUCGCCUCCCGCCUCGUCUACCAGUUCCGCGGCGGCCGCGGCUCCGGCGGCAUUAGUAAAGACUGGCUCCAGGACCUCGCCAAGGAGCACAACCGCGUCGCCCUCCCCCGCGUGGCCCCCAACGAGUGGGGCGUCCGCCUCCCCAGCGAGCGCUUUGUCCUCACCGGCACGAGCUGGGGGCUGAAGGACGUCUGGGAGGAAGCCGGGAUGGAGGAGGACGAGGAGAGCGACGAGGAUGCCGAGCAGAACCGGGGCGGUGGUGGUGCCAUGGAAGGCGUUGAGCCGACCGGCGCCGCUGUCGCUGGGGACGGCGAGAAUAACGAGGACGGUGAGGACGUUGAAGGCGGGACCAUCGAGGACGUAUUCGGUAAGGAUAUGGAGGAUGAGGAGAUGGGAGGCUAGGAGGACCGACCCUUUCCCGACGCUUCUGCUACGAUGGGCCGCACGACUACCAAUGCCGCCUCUUAAAGUGGCGUGGUACAUCUAGAGGGCUGGGUGUUCCCUUUUAUUGCUUUGACCGGGCUCUUGGUGAACUGGGGACCUGCAGACAAUCUGCAACUAGGGAAGCGAAAAAAACAUCACUAAUAAUAAUAAUAAUAAUAUGGACGGACGGAGGUAUACUGAGUGCCUGUGUCUCUACACGCA